CGAGCAGGUGCGCGCGGGACUACCUGCCUCCAUCGGCCGACGGGGUGCGUGUGCGAGCCACGACAAUGUUGUAGUGCUGUCGUCGGGUCCGUACUCAGCAGUCUUGUCGUCGUCGUCGUCCCGAUCCCACCAACAAACGAUACCACCUGUUCGUGCAUGUCUCCGGUUUUCCAAAGAAUAAUUGAAAAAUAAAACACGUCAACUUACACGAUCGACGACGACAACCCCGUGAACGUACACACAGCAGCCCGCGACUCCGUUCUUACCGAGCAACCUCUUCGUCGCGUUUCCACCGCAGCCGUAAAAAAGAAACCGCGUCCGACCGUCGUCCCGAGAACCCCACCAGAACGACGCACGUGACGGGAAGAAGUACGUGUGCGGCUCCGACCUUCUUUUCGUCGACGAAUACCCGCGCAAGAAGACCGCUACCGCGUGAACACUACACUGCCGUUGGCAGCCUCCUCCAAAGUUUCGAACUGUACGCACAUUUCGUCACCCUCAGAUCGCUGGUCUCGACAUUACCAUGGCCCUAAACCAUAAAAAAUCUUCCGGUAAAUGGUGGGAAACUGAGUAUAGUGGUAACAUCCAUUCGUAUUUACAGUAUCGUGAAGCAGAAUGUAGAAUGGAAUAUGGAGGUAGAUCGCCACAGAUUCAUAUGCGUCCCGUGUUGUUAAAAACAAUUCGAAAUAUAUCAAAGACAUGGGAAAUGUCAAAUGUCAGUGUUCAUCUAGCCAUAACUUUAUUAGAUUUCUUUAUGGAUAAUCAUGAUUUAAAAUUUGAUACAGCUAUGCUAGUCUCAUUUGCAUGCUUAACAUUGGCAGCCAAAAUUGAAGAACAUAGCUUAAAUAUACCGAAGUUAAAAAGUAUGCGUAAUGUCAUUAGUAAAGAUGUUACAAAUUCACACUUCCGUUAUGUAGAAAUGAAAAUUUUGAUGUUCUUUAACUUCAAUGUUGCAAUACCUACAGUUGCACAUUUUAUUGAAUUUUAUAAAGAACAUUUUUACUGUGAUCAAGACUUUUAUCAUCCCGAGUUAAAAGAUAUUUUAAAAGAUAAAUUUGAUAAAAUUAUACUUUUUUACCAGGAUAAAUCACUAGAAAGUACAAAAUUAAUAUCAUAUAAUUCAUCAAUGGUUGCAGCAAGUAUUAUUUUAACCACCAGGCAUACAUUAGGAUUGUCACCUUGUUGGACUGUAAAACUACGCAAAGUAUCAGGAUAUUUAAAAAAAGAUCUCGUUCAAUGUUGUUCAUUAUUAGGAAGAAAUGUAAUGCAGCGCAGGAAAUAUGUUCAAGUAGAUGAAGGAUAUUUUAGUUCUUCACCAGGUUAUCAUUCGCCAAUUAUUUUGGGAACUAAAAAGAAAAGGAGUCAUCUUGACGUGCCUAGCAUAAUUUUAUCUAAACGAAUAGCAUACUAACACCCUUCAACUGUGAUAAGUUAUACAACAAUAAUUCCUGUUGUUAAAUUCCUCAAAAUGGUAUAUAAGUUUUUUUCUGUGAAGAAUAAAUAUAUUGUGAUAUUAAUUCUUAA